AUGUCGUUUAUAAUGUCACAUGAUUAUCAACAACAACAACAACAACAAGCGAAAAGUGCUACUGCUCAGAUGAAUUUGAAUGUGCUUAGUUGUCUUGGACCAGAUUUUGAUAAGCAAACAGUAUUCAAUUUGCUCAGUGAUAGUAAUUAUAUUGAAUCAAGUUUAGCACAAUCUAUUACAUCAAAUUUGUGGACGUCUAGUCCAUCUCAAUGGAAUCAUACAUUAAUACAAGAAGCACCUGUUUAUACACCACGCUCAGUAAUGAAUGAACUUGAACCUCAAUCACCUACAAGUGCUGCUAUUAAACGGCCUCUUUCUGAUGUUAGCAAUCGAACGAUUGUUGGUCGAUCAUUAACAAAUAAUCAACCACCACCGAAAUUAGAAUUUUCAACACCAGUACGAUCAUCUAUAUCUGAUUUGUACAAUCGAGUACCAUCAUCUAUUAAACGAUCACGUCUUGCACCGACCUUUCUUGCUUCUACUUUGUCACACGAAACAUCACCACCAACAAAACAAUUGCCUUCCGUAACAUCAACAAUCGAUACAAAUGAACGAACUUUAGAAAUUGCUCUUUUACUUAAAGAACAUCCAGAUUGUAGUUGUGUACUUGUUACACUUAUUCAAGAAUAUCAAAGCCGAUUUCAAAAACCUCUUCAUGUAAGUGAAUUAUAUACAAUGAAACAUGUCAUUGAUAUUCAAGAUUGUGGAGGUAAUCGAAUUGCUCGUCUAUUACCAGCAUUUCGUGUUCGUUUCGAUGAAAAUUAUAUACAUACUCAACUUGAACAACCUUAUUGUAUAAUACAUUGUUUAAAAAAUUUUAUUGUUAAUCCUGAUCUUGAUUUACCAUUUAUUCAAAUUUCAUUUCGAACAUUUGCUGAUAAUGUUCGUCAAUUAUUAAUUCAACAUAAUGGUUCAAUGCCUUUAGCUAGUUUUCCUCAAUGUUAUUCACAUAAUUUUGAAUCUUUAAUUGAUCAUGAUGAUGGUGUACCAGUUGAACAUUAUAUUUCAUGUAUCAAAGAUAUUCAAAUUGUAACUGGGCAAGGAGUUAUUAAAAAAAUUCAAUUUUCUCAUACUCCAGGAACAUCAUUUAUGCCUACACUAUUUGAUACAUCAAAUAUGCAUGUUGAUACAUGUGUUGAAGUUCAACAACGUUUACAACAAUUUUCACGUGAAGUUCUUGAUUUACUUAAAAAUCAAGGUUCACAUUGUCGUUUACCUAUUUCAAAAUUUGUUUCAACUUAUCAUCAAUAUUUUAAUCGACAAUGUCGUGUUGCUGAUUAUGGUUUUUCAAAAAUUAUUGAUCUUUUAUCUGCUAUACCAAAAUCAAUUCAAAUACUUGGUGAUGGAAAUAAACGUAUUAUAACAAUUACUCAUCGAUGUCAAAUGAAACGAUUUACUAAUGAUAUUAUUCGUAUAUUGAAAAAUAAACCACAACGAUCAAUGUCAAUUAGUGAAAUUCCAAUUGAAUACGAAAUAGCUUAUAAAAAACCAUUUUGUGUUGUUGAUUUUGGUAUGUGUUAUUUGGAAGAUCUUGUUAAUGAAGUGAAAGAUAAUAAAGAAUUAGUAUUGGAUGCUGAUAAGGGUAUUAUUAAACUCUAUCGUAAAGAACGAACUAAUUUAGAAAUUUAUGCAACUGGAAAUUUUCAACAAGAUGUUAUUGAUAUGCUUCGUAUUUUACCUGAUUUUAGUAUACCAUUUCAAAAAUUUAUUCCAUCCUACCAUCAUCAUUUUGGUUAUCAAUGUAAAGUACAAACAUAUGGUUUUUCUCGUUUAAUUGAUUUACUUGAAGAACUUUCUGAUGUUGUUAAAAUUAAUGAAGAUAAGAAUGGUGAGAAAAUUGUUCAAUUAACAUCAACUAUGAUAGGACAUGCAAUAUUAUUAAAUAUUGAACAACUUAUUCAAAAAUCUCAUGGUCAAUUAAAACUUAAAGAUUUACGAAUACAAUAUUUACAAGUUUAUCGAAAUGAAUUGAAUCCAGAAGAUUAUGGUCUAAGUAAUCUUGAAACAUUACUUCUUACCAUGAUCGAUAAAUUUGAAUUUCAUUAUACUGAAACUGAUAUUUCUAUUUCAAUCAAAGAAUCAAAUCCAAUAAUAUUACAAUUAACAAAAAAUGUUAUUCUUACAUUGAUGCUUUCUCAAUGUCAAUUAUCUUUUUGGCAAUUAAAACAAGAUAUGCUUGUUCAUUUUAAACAAGAUAUUACAUUAAAUAUGUGUCGUAAUGAAUUACGUAAUUAUGUUGAGGUAAUCGAUCAAACAAUUCGUUUAACUCCACCAAUGAUUUUUGCUUAUAAUGUCGUACUUCUUUUAAGUCCAUGUGAUGGUCGUAUGUCUUAUGAUGAUUUUAUUGUUGAAUAUCAACGACAAACUGGUUCAAGUCAUUUACUCUAUCCAACAGAUUAUGGUUUUCCAACAAUGCUUCGUCUUUUUGAUUCUAUUCAACUUGUUGCUCAAGUUCGUGGUCGACGCAAUUUUAAAAUAAUUAUACUCAAUCCUGAAUUUCGACUCGGACGAUAUACUCAUCCGAUAACAUUUACAACACCAAUAACAUCGUUCUAA